UCACUUUUAAAAUCCCCUUUCAUUUGACCUCCUGAACAGUCCUAGCAGCUGACCCAAGCCUUCUGCCAGUAACCCAUGUUGCCACAGGACCUUUUCUCUGUCAGGCUUCAGCUGUGUCUCUCUUUUGCCAGGUGCCAGAAGAUCAAAUUCCUGAUUUGCAAGCACUUGGUAACACAGAGUAAUUUAGAAGGGAUAGCAGUGGCUGUCAAGGAGUAUCUUGGGAAACAGAAGUUUUUACCAGACCGUGUGGGAACAAAGUUCACAUGGGUACAGGUUCUGCAAUUACAGAAAAUGGCAAUAGUCUAUUUCAAGAAAAAUAUUUGAACACUUCUUGGUGUGUUUUCCUUUUGACAGCAUGACAGUUUGUCACUCCCCUUUUCUUCAGUGCUAAAUUUCUAGGCUUAGAAAUUUUGCUUUCUGAUGUAGCUUAAGGAAAUCUUUGAAGUGAGGUACAUUAGCAUAUAAACUUUGGAACCCUUUGGUUGUUCUUGGGUUGGGAUAAUAAGUGUUUGUUCAGGUGCCCUGUGUUAGGAAGCGAGUGUUUUCUGCCUUGUCUCAAUAUAUUAACUAUUGUGCUGUAUUUUCAUUAAAACACCUGUUGUAUUUUUGAAACCUGGGCUUAUUUCUAAUUUCUGUUCCUCCAAAUUAUAAAUUUUCAAUGUCCUUUUGAUCUUUCCUGCUUUAAGUCUGAAUGAAAGUGUUCCUUGCAUGUAUAUGAAUGUCUUCCUCCCUUGGGGGAUUCCUUCCUGCCUGGCAGCGAACAUGGAGCUGGAUCAAUCUUCUGUUGCUUAACAGUGUUAAAGAUUCCACGGGCUUUAUCUCUUACCAGUUCUGAUAAAAUGCUUGUUCCAGCUGCGUGGCAAACAUCCAUGUUUGGUAGCUGGUGUCUAAUGAGUCAGGUUUUUGUUGGGCCAGCCAUAUGGGUAGUGAAUCUGAAGCACUCUAAAUAUUGUAAAUUUACUUUGUGUUGAGGAGCUGUGCUUGGUGUAUAUGAAAUAGAUUUGAUACGCAGGGGUUUCUUUUUACUAUUAAUUACACAGACUUAAGCCAUCUGUGUAGUGAUUGUGCAUUAAGUAAGGUGCAAGAGAUGUUCUCCAGCACAAAUGGGUAUUUUAUGUUGGUAGAAAAAAAGCAGGAUUUUGGAAAAUGAGAACACACUUAAAGUAGCUGGAAUAUAUGAUAACUUUGAAUUUUGUAAGCAGAAAGAGUGUGAAUGGAAUGAUACUGUAUGCAACCAGAAAUUUUAAAUGUACACUUUCAUAGAGAAUUUUUUAGGGACAGAUGAUAUUUCCUAUAUAUUGUAUGUGUGGUUUUAUAGAAGAUUUACGUUUGGGCUUUAGUAAGAUUAAAUAGUGCUGGGAAAAAUCAGUGUAAAAAUGGCCCAGGAAGUCUGUAGGAUGUGUGCAUAGGCCAGAGGGACUCAACAUUUGCUUUUUUUUUUUGUUUUUUCUGCAUUUAAGUGCUCAUUUACAAUAUUGCAUUAAUGUAGGGGUUUGGAGUGAGUUAUAAAAGGAGUAGAUAACAGCUUGCUUUGGCUGUAAAGCUGCACUCUCAUUUUUUUGGCAGUAGGUAAAAGGGCUGAUUAAGAGAAUGUAUUUCCUGUAUUUUCCAAAUAUAAACCAGAUACUCAGCCAUGAAAGUCAUUCACUGUUUUCCAAAGACUUAUAUUUUUUUCCAAUGGGAAAUUUUAGUUUGGGUGGAAAAUGUGUUAGUCUUUAUGCACAAAACAAACAUCAAGAAAAGGCGAUUAUAUUAGGUUUUUUCCCUUCCACACCCUUCUUCACUCCCUCCCUGGAUUCUAAUUAUUUCUGGCUUUGAACAGAUGAGAUCCCCUAAUGACCGCAUUAGUGCUUUUAAUCCUUCAAAGCAGGAGUGAAAGUACAAUUACUGUACAUGAAUAUCAAAAAUAUUUCAGUUCAAUCAGUGUUUUUGAUGGUCCAGAUUUCACAUAAGUUUUAGAAACGAAGAUAUAAUGUACAGCUGUGGGUGGUCCAUACUGAUGGUUGAUGCUUGCAAUUUUAAGGUCAUCCCUUUGAAUACUUAAAUUGUUGUUCCUCUUUAGAUGUGAAAGAUCAGGGGUUUUCCAGAUCCAGUGUGUAAGGACUUAUUUCUGGUGCUGAUCUUCUCUUGACCCACUUAGAGCCACUGCUGUGUUUUCCUCCAGUGAUUGUGGUGACUUUGAGUAGUUUGGAGAAGCUGGGAAGAGCUUCAGUAAACAGGUAAAAAUCUAUUCUGUUGAUAGUCACAUUCUGCCAAUGAUGCUGUGCUGAUGAGUUUUAUAAUGGACUUUUGGAUGACGUUAUAGGCAAAGCGUCAUAAGCAGAGGCCAGCAUAUCCAUGGAAUCUCUGUUUUCUAAUGAGGCUCCUUGAAGCAGAAGUCUUGUGAUGUUCCCUGUGGUCCUGUAGCCUCUUUUCCAGGCCGGUAUCCCAAUUAUCCAGCGUAGCCAACCAGCACAUCCCUGUACAGCAGAGCAGCUGCAUCCCACAUCACUGGGGCCCAGGAGCACAGCAGCAAAGUGAGAGUCAGAGGUGCUUGAUAACCACAGGCAGAGCUGCUGGUUUUAUCCCCAUUCAUACCUCUGAAAUGCCACUCAGAAUGAUUAUAUCAUCUUACUUACACUGUGAGACAAGAAUAAUUAUUGAAAAUUAAGAGCUCUACAGCUCUGAGACACCACCUGUACCUGUGGAAAAGGGCUUUAAUCCUACACUGCAUCCUCAGUGCAGGUUUGGAGUGAUUUCGCACAAGAUCGUCCACCUUCUCUGUGCUGCUGUUUGUUAUUGAGCAAAGCAUCAAGUAGCAGGUUGUGCUUGGCCGAGGAAGGAAGAGCAUUGGUUGGCAAGGAGAUUUGGCGGUUCAUCCAAACCUCAACUUUCAUUUAAGCUGCUCAAAACGUGGAACAAGCGUUAACUUCUGCACUGAUGCCUCCCCGACCUCAUGCCAGUUUUCUAGACAGCAUGCCCCUGCGAAGUUCUGGCAAGCUGAGCAUGGAGACCAGAAAAGAUGGUGAGAGUACGGCCCCUGCUCCUCCCCAGAAGAAGCUGUCCUGCCAGUGCCACCACCACUGCCCUGAGGACUCUGUCAACAACACCUGCAGGAGCUGGUGCACAGCAGCCUUGGUGUGUCCAUUUGUGAAUGGCAGAUUUGCCUGGCUAGAGAGCUCAGACUUCCAGUGUCGGGACACUCCUAUUCCACACCAAAGAAGAUCUAUUGAAUGUUGCACAGGCCAAGAUUACUGUAAUAGACACCUUCACCCUACGCUGCCACCGCUGAAGAAUCGAGACUUUGCUGAAGGAAACAUUCACCACAAGGCCCUGCUGAUUUCUGCCACUGUUUGCAGCAUCCUGCUGCUGCUUAUCAUCAUAUUCUGCUACUUAAGAUACAGACGCCAGGAGACGAGGCCCCACUACAGCAUCGGGCUGGAGCAGGAUGAGACCUACAUUCCCCCUGGAGAGUCCCUGAAGGAUUUGAUCGAGCAGUCCCAGAGCUCAGGGAGCGGUUCCGGGCUCCCUCUCCUGGUUCAAAGGACCAUUGCAAAGCAGAUUCAAAUGGUGAAGCAGAUUGGAAAAGGUCGCUAUGGAGAAGUCUGGAUGGGAAAGUGGCGUGGCGAAAAGGUAGCAGUGAAGGUGUUUUUUACUACAGAGGAGGCCAGCUGGUUCAGAGAAACAGAAAUCUACCAGACUGUCCUGAUGAGACAUGAAAAUAUUCUUGGGUUCAUUGCUGCAGAUAUUAAAGGUACAGGCUCUUGGACCCAGCUGUAUCUUAUCACUGACUACCAUGAGAACGGCUCACUCUAUGAUUAUCUGAAAUCUACUACCUUGGACACAAAAGCCAUGCUCAAGCUGGCUUACUCCUCUGUCAGUGGCUUGUGCCACCUGCACACUGAGAUCUUCAGUACUCAGGGCAAGCCUGCUAUUGCCCACCGUGACCUAAAGAGUAAGAAUAUCCUGGUGAAAAAGAAUGGCACCUGCUGUAUAGCAGAUUUGGGCUUGGCUGUGAAAUUUAUCAGUGAUACAAAUGAGGUAGACAUCCCUCCAAAUACCCGUGUAGGAACAAAACGUUAUAUGCCUCCUGAGGUGCUGGAUGAAAGCUUGAAUAGAAGUCACUUUCAGUCCUACAUCAUGGCUGAUAUGUACAGUUUUGGACUCAUCCUUUGGGAGAUAGCAAGGAGAUGUGUUUCAGGAGGAAUAGUUGAGGAAUACCAGCUUCCAUACCACGACCUGGUGCCCAGCGACCCCUCGUACGAGGACAUGCGGGAGAUCGUGUGCAUCAAGAGACUACGGCCCUCUUUUCCCAACAGAUGGAGCAGUGAUGAGUGCCUACGGCAGAUGGGGAAGCUGAUGAUGGAGUGCUGGGCUCACAGCCCUGCCUCCCGGCUCACAGCCCUGCGCGUCAAGAAAACACUUGCCAAAAUGUCAGAGUCCCAGGACAUUAAACUCUGACUCUGCCAGAGGCAACUCCAGCAGAGGCCCCUGGAAAUGAACUUUCUUGUGCAGGCAGAAGUCCUGAAGAUGUAUCAAAAGUCUCUGCUAAGUACCUUGAAUGGAGGAGUCAUGCUGAAGAGCAGCUGUGAGUUCUGGAGGAGACUAUCUGUUGCAAAAAUCACCUGAAUUUUGACAUGCAAGAUUGAAGAGGCUUGUCUGCCCUUGUUUACAUGGGGAAAUACAGUUUUAGUAACUGGUUUAAGAUUAUGCAUGUUGCUUUCCAUGAAAGCCACUUAUUAUUUUAUUAUUAUUAUUGUUAUUAUUAUUGUUUUGAUUGUUUAAAAAGAUACUGCUUUAAAUUUUAUGAAAAUAAAACUCUU